UCAAAAUGAUACCAAAAAAGACGCUCGUAAAGGAUGCUCACAUUGUGAAAAUUGCCGUCGAAUUUGAGAAUCAUAUAGCACAAUUGAUUAAUUUGGAUCAACGACAACCAUUGACGGGUAAAAUUCAAGAAAUCUGCAAUUGCUGGGGUAUUGCCGAUCCCGAGAAUUAUGCCCUGCAAUUCUGUGAACCCAAUCACUUCAAAUAUGUCACCGAGAAAAAUCGCAACGAAAUUAAAAAUGGUUCCGUACUACGACUACAAUAUUCACCAUCGAAAACUGCCAAUGAUAUUUUAGAAACCCUGAGAGCUGGUUCGCCUUGUGUCAAGGCAGAAUGUUUGGAAAAGCUUGCAACCCUAUCGGUGGACAUUACUUUUGCAUUGGAAUUUAUAAAAGAACAAGGUCUUGGUAUUAUCAUAAAUAUGAUUGAAGAUCCUGAUGAGAAAGAAGACAAAAUUCUUAUAUACAGCCUGAAAAGCUUUGUUGAACUCAUGGAACAUGGUACCGUGUCGUGGGAAAUUUUACAAAACAGUUUCGUUCAACGCAACAUUCACAUUGUCCGUAAUUUUAUGAAUUAUCCCAAAUGCACGGAGAGUGCUUUAUCGAAUUUAGAAAAUAUUGUGCAAAAUAGUUCAAAACAUACGCUGGUGGAGCAGGAGGUUACUCUGCAAGAUUUGUUGAAAUUGUUGCAGGAUGCCAAGUCAUCGGUUAUUUUACAAAAUGCCAUUGCCCUGAUAAAUGCUCUGUUUAUGAAGGCCGAUGAUGGCCGCAAGAGGCAAAUAGCUCACACAAUCAGUGCAAAACAAUUUCGUUUGGCCCUCAUAAAUAGUUGUGUGGCCAGCACCGAAAUGACACAUCAGCUGUAUGUGUUGCAAACUCUGACAUUGGGUUUAUUGGAACAGCGUAUGCGUAUGAAGGUAACAAAUCAGGAUCAAGAUGCCCAUGAAAAGAUAAAGGAGCUGAGGAAAAUUGCAUUUGAUGACUACUCGGGCAUAAUGUCUGGCAUGGCUGGUAAUUCCAACAACUGUUCCGGUUCGGGUAAUGUGAAUUUUGCCCAAUAUUAUAAAAAACUUGGCUUCAAGUGUGACAUGAAUCCGGCACAGGAUUUUAUGGAAACACCACCUGGUAUUUUGGCACUAGAUUGCAUGAUUUAUUUUGCACGCAAUUUCACACAACAGUACACGAAAAUUGUUCAUGAAAAUUCAUGUCGGGGUGAUGAGCAUGAAUGCCCAUUUGGACGCACCUCUAUAGAAUUGGUUAAGUUGUUGUGCGACAUUUUGCGUAUAGGCGAACCACCAUCCGAUCAGUCUGGAGACUUUCAACCAAUGUUCUUUAAUCAUGACCAUCCCUUUGAGGAAUUCUUUUGCAUCUGUAUCAUCACAUUGAAUCGUACGUGGAAGGAUAUGCGUGCAACAAGUGAAGAUUUUCAAAAAGUAUUCAGUGUUGUACGUGAACAAAUAACACGUACGUUAAAACAGAAGCCAGACAACUUUGAAGAUUUUCGUGGAAAAAUUGCCACUUUCACGUAUCAGACAAUAACGAAUUUAAGACAACAAGAGCGCACAUCGAAAGAGGAAUGUGAUUCGACGGCCUCGGCAAUAGUUAAAUUAAAAGAGAAGAUAUCGCCACAUAUUUUGGAUUUAAUAAAACAACAAAGAUUGGCAUUCUUGGUGGAGGGUACUCGCUUUUCCAAAUAUUCACGUGGUACCCGAUCAAAAGAUAAAUUCUGGUAUGCCCGCCUUUCACCAAAUCACAAAGUAAUACAUUACGGUGAUUGUGAUGAGAAGACUAUACCGACCCUUGAAGAACUACCCAAUAAAGUGUCGGUAAUUGAUAUCAAACAGCUGCUCGAAGGCAAAGAGUGUCCACACAUGAAAGAGAUGCGUACACGUAAAUCAGCCGUAAAUCUAGCAUUUUCUAUAACAUUCGAAAAUAUGGAUCAUUCAACGAUUGAUUUUGUGGCACCCGAUGAAACGGUCUUCAAUUAUUGGACUGAUGGUAUUAAUGCUCUCUUGGGUCAAGAAAUGGUUAGCAAACAGAAGAAAGAUGAUUUCGAUACGCUGCUGUCAAUGGAAAUAAAAUUACGUCUGUUGGAUACGGAAGGUGUUGAUAUUAGUAAAGAUCCUCCGCCAGUACCCGAAGAUCCGGAAAAUUAUGAUUUUUGUUUUGAAAAUUAGUAGAACAGA